AUCAGUUUCUCACAUUCAUUAUCUCUCGCGAGGCUCGAAGAAAGCCAAAAAACAAAUCUAAAGGGCCUUCUUCUUCUUCGUCCUCUUCUAGGGUUUCGACUGUCGACGGCCGGUAAGGGCUUUUCAACCUCUCGCUAAAGGAAAGAUGAGACCUGUGUUCUGUGGGAACUUUGAGUAUGACGCUCGUGAAGGUGAUCUUGAGAGGCUUUUCAGAAGAUACGGCAAGGUCGACAGGGUUGACAUGAAAGCUGGAAAUCUUUUUCUUGGGAUGCCCAUUCGCCUUUGAUGGACCAAUACAUACGAAAAUAUCCAUCGUCCCUCAUCCGCUAUAGCACACUACCUUCCCCAUAUCCUCGACUUAGUUGUGCAUUUCAUUCCCCCCCUCAUACCAACCUCUCUCUCUCUCUCACAGCAGCUCAAAUGUGGAGUAUGCACUACCUUAUUUCUCUGUUCACGAUUCCGUCUAUUGAUCCUCAACGUUUUCAGUUGUCAUAUUAUUCCCAUUGUGCAAGGUCUGUAAACUACUUUAUUUGUUACUUAAUAGUUUGAAGACUUUUUAGGCUCUAGUGAAUGUUCGAAGGAGAACGGUCUUCUUCGUGUUGGAUGAGGGUUUGCUUUUGUCUAUAUGGAAAACGAAAGGGAUGCUGAAGAUGCUAUCCGAGCGCUUGACCGCUAUGAGUAUGGCCGUAAGGGACGCAGACUCCGUGUUGAGUGGACUAAGAACGAGCGUGGAGCUCCUACAAGAUCAAGUGGUUCAAGGAGAUCAUCAAGCCUGCGACCUUCCAAGACUCUGUUCGUCAUCAACUUCGACGCAGAGAGCACUAGGACUCGUGACUUGGAGAGACACUUCGAGCCGUAUGGAAAAAUCGUUAACGUUAGGAUCAGAAGGAACUUCGCAUUUAUCCAAUACGAGUUGCAAGAAGACGCCACCAGAGCACUGGAGGCUACGAAUUCGAGUAAGCUGAUGGACAAGGUGAUCUCAGUGGAGUAUGCAAUGAAGGAUGAUGAUGCGAGAGGAAACGGAUACAGUCCCGAGAGGCGUCGUGAUAGGUCGCCCGAUAGGAGAAGGCGAUCACCCAGUCCUUACAGAAGAGAAAGAGGCAGUCCUGACUAUGGACGAGGCGCUAGUCCUGUUGGACACAGAAAGGAGAGGACUAGCCCUGAUUACGGCAGGGGAAGACGCAGCCCGAGUCCUUACAGGAGAGCCAGAGUUAGCCCUGACUACAAGAGGGAUGAUCGCAGGAGGGAGAGGGAGGCUAGCCCUGACUACAAGAGAGAUGACCGUAGGAGGGAGGAGGCUAGUCCUGAUUACAAGAGAGAUGACCGUAGGAGGGAGAAGGAGGCUAGCCCAGAGAAUGGAGCUGUGAGGGACCGUAGUCCAAGAAACGGACGUGGUGAAAGCAGGAGCCCUCCUCCGUAUGAGAAGCGGAGGGAGAGGUCAAGGUCUAAGUCUAGCCCUGAGAAUGGUCAAGUCGAAAGCCCGGGACCGAUAAUGGAAGAAGAAGAGGCUGGAAGAGGAUAUGAUGGUGCAGAAAGCCCCAUACGCGAGAGCCACUCUCGUUCGCCUCCAGCAGAAGAAUGAUGUAUGGACCAAACAGAUGAUGAUGUCUCUCUCGCAAAGUAGCUGUUGUGUGAAGUCUUUGCUAUGUUAUCUUUAGUUUUAGUGUGUGUUAUUUUGAGUCUUUGUUCAAGUGCUCUUGCAAACUUCAUUUACAUUUUGUUGGACUCCUUCGAAUUCGAUUAUUGUAGCACUGGUGAAAACUGCACUUUCCUUGGGAUCACUAUUUCUCAGUAGAUGGUUUUAUAAGCU